CGUACAAUCGAUCUGGCAGCACUACAAGAAAACUACCACUGCAGUUAAUAAAUAUUUACUUUUUUUAAAAAAACAAGUUCUUGACUUUCUAAGCAAUGGCUGAUUUAGUGAGUGGAGAAGCCUCCGAAUCAGACGAGGAGUUGCAGGAUAAGCACAAGAUCUUUGCUGCUGAAGUUCCGGGGGAAGCCAGCGAAGAAGACGAUGACGAUGAAAACAUUUACGAACAACAACGAAGCGGCAGCCAAGUGAACAGCACGGCCUCCAUUUACCGGAAUAAUCUGCUCCAGCGGAAACUAAUUGAAAACAACAUUUCCAUUUGGAGAUCCCUCACGGCUUUCACCCGCAGCUUCGUGAUGAAUGCCUCUAAGCAACUCGUCACCACUGACCAAAUGCUCAUAAAAUCCCAGCUUAAUCUUCAGUCGGCCCAUACAUCUGUCCAGCAGGCCCAAAAGAAUGCUCAGGAACUUCAAUCCCGGGUGGCUGCCGUGAUGACCAGCAGUUUUCUUCCCCACAUAAACAUCCAGAAAGCUAGCUAAGUUAAACCUAUAUUAUGUUUCCUCAUAAACGAUCAAAUCUAGGCUAA